GAUUUCCCUAUUCUGUGCCAGACAUGUCUUGGAGAAAACCCGUAUAUCCGAAUGACCAAAGAAAAAUAUGGAAAAGAAUGCAAGAUCUGUGCCAGGCCCUUCACCGUGUUCCGCUGGUGCCCGGGCGUUCGGAUGCGCUUCAAGAAGACAGAGGUGUGCCAGACGUGCAGCAAGCUGAAGAACGUCUGUCAGACCUGCCUGCUCGACCUGGAGUAUGGUUUGCCUAUUCAAGUCCGGGAUGCAGGACUCUCCCUUAAGGAUGAAAUGCCCAAAUCUGACGUCAAUAAAGAAUACUACACCCAGAACAUGGAACGGGAGAUUUCCAACUCCGAUGGCACGAGACCAGUCGGUGCACUGGGAAAAGCAACAUCCACCAGUGACAUGCUGCUGAAGCUGGCACGGACCACUCCCUACUACAAACGUAACCGUCCUCACAUCUGCUCCUUCUGGGUCAAAGGAGAGUGCAAGAGAGGAGAGGAGUGUCCCUACAGACAUGAGAAACCCACGGAUCCAGACGACCCUCUGGCUGAUCAGAACAUCAAGGAUCGUUACUAUGGCAUCAACGACCCCGUGGCUGAUAAGCUUCUGAAACGAGCCUCAACCAUGCCUCGCCUAGACCCCCCUGAUGACAAGACUAUUACUACCCUGUAUGUUGGAGGCCUGGGAGAUACUAUCACUGAAUCAGAUCUCAGAAAUCACUUCUACCAGUUUGGGGAGAUUCGGACGAUAACGGUGGUGCAGAGGCAGCAAUGUGCUUUCAUCCAGUUUGCCACCCGGCAAGCUGCAGAGGUGGCUGCUGAGAAAUCCUUCAACAAGCUCAUCGUCAACGGUCGCAGGCUCAAUGUCAAAUGGGGAAGGUCCCAGGCAGCAAGAGGAAAAGACAAAGACAAGGAAGGUACCACAGAAUCCGGGAUAAAGCUGGAGCCAGUUCCAGGGCUUCCCGGAGCUCUGCCCCCUCCUCCAGCUGCAGAAGAGGAGGCUUCUGCAAAUUACUUCAACCUACCUCCGAGUGGCCCUCCUGCCGUGGUUAACAUUGCCCUGCCACCACCUCCUGGCAUUGCUCCACCACCACCUCCAGGUUUCGGGCCACACAUGUUCCACGCCAUGGGGCCCCCGCCUCCCUUCAUGAGAGCCCCAGGCCCCAUCCACUACCCAUCUCAGGACCCCCAGAGGAUGGGUGCCCACGCGGGGAAGCACAGCAGCCCUUAGCACGUCCUGCAGCCCUCCUUGAAGUAAAUGUUAUUUUCUAGUUCCCGUGGUAGCACCAGAUGUUGAGCUAGAGAAGCCUUAUUUCCCUGCUCGCUGACGCUGGGCGAGCCCAGCUCCGUGUCUCCACUAGCUAAUGGGGUUAAAUCCACCCCAGGUCGUUCAUUUUAGGGGGGUGGGGGGUUGGGGGCAGGCAGAGGAGAUGUUGGGGGCUGUGGAUCAGGUGGAGCAGGACUAUGGUGAGAUCCCUGUAGCCCGUUUGCACCCUUUGGAAAUAAACUUCUGGAAAA